AUGUCUGUUGUUCUCUUGGUAAUAAUAAUUGUGUUGUUAAGUUAUUUAAUUUGGAACUUUGUGACCGGCAAGCCGAAAAAUUCACCCCCAGGUCUGCCGCUUUGGGGGUCUUAUUGGUUUCUUCUUUGGGGCAAUUAUUACUUCCCCCAUCAAACGGUGGCUUACUAUGUUAAAAAAUUAAAGUCCAAAAUAAUAGGGUGUUACUUCGGCGACGCUUACACCGUUAUUGUCAACGAUUACGCGAGUGUAAAAGAAGUUUUGACGAGAAAAGAAUUCGAUGGAAGAGGAGGAGAAAAUUAUAUUUUCCAGGCGCGUGCUAAUGGGAAGAAACUAGUUUUUCAAUGACGACUAUGAAUGGAAGCAGCAGCGAAGAUUCGCGUUGCACAAUAUGAGGAAUUUGGGAUUCGGUAGGCGACACGCGCAAUUAGAGACCGUUUUGGCUGAAGAAUUGGACGUUUUAGUGGAUACUAUCAAAAACGGGCCGAUCAAUGACAAAGAGAAGCAAGUCGUUGACAAGGAUCGUGUGUUAUUCCCCGACAUUUUGUCGCCGCUCAGCGCCAAUUACAUCUGGGCCGUGAUAGCGAACAAGCGACUCCCGAGGACAGAAACCGGUGAGGAACAUGAAUCUUUGCGCGAAUUGUGCAAAUGGGCUAGAACUUUUCAAAGAGGAGGAGACGUUACUGGAGGCGCUAAAACUAUGACACCCUGGUUGAGAUAUUUUGGAAAUUUAUUUGGAUACACUGAUUAUAUAAAUGGAACCCGGGCAAUAAUUAACUUCGUUGAGGUAAUUGUAGAUUUCAUCGAUGAAUUAAAUGACUCCAACGAAAGUUUGUCAGAAGAAACCAAUGAUGCCUUCAUACCGACUUACUUGCGCGAAAUGAAGAAAAUCCACGAAAAAGCAGGCGAUAACUCCGAAGACAUUGACGCCAAAAUGUUCUCAACAGAGCAAUUAGUAAUGGUGUGCACCGACUUUAUGUUUCCUGCAAUGUCAGCAUCACCCGGGGUCGCAACCAAUUGCAUCAAGUACAUGAUCCACUAUCCGGAAGUUAUGAAACGGGUGCAAGAAGAAAUAGACAGUGUAGUGGGACCCAAUCGUCUUCCUGCCUGGGACGACCGCACCAGGUUGCCCUUUACGGAAGCUGUAAUUAGAGAAGUUAUGAGGAUGGAAACACUAGCUCCAUUGAGCGUCGGUCAUCGGUGCACAGAAACCACCCAAUUGUUUGAGUAUACCAUACCUGAAGGUACCAUGGUGUUCCCAAACUUAUCCGCAGUUCACAGUGAUCCGGAUUUAUGGGGUGACCCGGAAAAUUUCCGACCUGACAGAUUUAUCGAAAAUGGAAAAAUUGUUAAAGAUUUGACACUACCUUUUGGAUGUGGUCGUCGAGUUUGUCCAGCAGAAACUUACUCCCGUUUUAUCGUCUUCGAAAUUUUCGCAACGCUCCUUCAAAAUUUCAACUUUGAAUCCUUGAAGGGUCAGCCUUCGCGUCCUGAAGACAGAACUCCAGGAUUCGCAGUCCAGCCAAAAAGCUGUUGGAUUAAAUUUAAAUCACGAAAAUAA